AUGGCGUUUGUUGCUCCUCCUGGCUAUCAGCCUGUCUACAACCCUAGAAUUCCAUAUUUAGGGCCGAUCUAUGGAGGCUUGAGGGAAGGGAUGUCCAUCUACUUCCAGGGGUCCAUUCCUGAGGACAUUACCAGGUACUUCAUCAACCUGCUGUGUGGAGAGUCUGAGUCCAGUGACGUCGCCCUCCACGUCAACCCUCGCUUUGACGGCUGGGACAAAGUGGUCUUCAACUCUCGCCAGAAUGGAUCCUGGGAGUCAGAGGAGAAGAUUCGUGACAUGCCCUUCAGCAAGGGACAAGCCUUUGAAAUGAUCAUCCUGGUCAAUUCUCAGGGCUACCAGAUCAAAGUCAAUGGACAAGAUUUCCACACGUUCUCACACCGCAUCCCUGUGGAGAGAGUGUGUGCUCUGCAGAUCUCAGGAGAUGUUUCCAUCCAGACAAUAAAUGUCAUCGGGGGGGCUCAAGGUGGUAUGAACUGCUAUCCUGGAGGAAUGGGAGGUGGAAUGGGAGGAGGCAUGGGAGGAGGAAUGGGAGGAGGAUAUCCAGGAGGUGGCAUGGAGGGAGGAUAUCCUGGUGGCAUGGGAGGAGGCAUGGGGGGAGCACACCUGCCGGGCAUAGUUGGGCAACCUGAAUACAACCCUCCUGUGCCCUAUUCCAGCAUGAUCCCAGGAGGGGUAUCCCCAAAGAGAACCAUCAUCAUCAGAGGCAUGGUGCCUUAUGGAGCAGACAGGUUGAGUGUAAACUUCUUGGUCAGCAGGUCCCGGGACAUCGCCUUCCACCUGAACCCCAGACUGGGUGAGGGGGUCGUGGUGAGAAACAGCAUGACUGGAGGCAGGUGGGGCCAGGAGGAGAGAGAGCUCACUUUCAACCCCUUCAUGGAGGGACAAUACUUUGAUAUGUCGAUUCGCUGCGGAAACCAGAAGUUCAAGGUGUUUGUGAACGGGCAGCACCUGUUGAACUUCUUCCACCGCCACCAGCCCUUCACUGAGGUCGACAUGCUGGAGAUAGAGGGAGACGUGCAGAUCUCCUACAUCCACUUCUGAAGCAACACAUCUAAGCACUGAACUAUUCAUGGAUUAUGACAUUUAUCAU